CACUGCAACUGGCAACACUGGCCACUCUAGAAAUGGCGAGCCACAGCAACAACGCAUCUGCUGUCGUGAUGCUUGGCGGUUAUAUGCUGAUGUUUUUGCUAUGCAAGCGAAGAAAGCAACGAGCGCGCAAAGUGCUGCGACCGAGAAGCACGUGGAGGCGAAAAAUGUGCAGAAAUCGCAAGUUCGGCCACUCAUCUUUGCUCAUUCCUUUGCUGCGCCGGUCGGACCCUGAAUACUACUUCGAUUACAUGAGGAUGUUUCCGGCGACGUUCGAGAAGUUGCUGUGUUUGGUUAGAAGUGGGAUCGAGCGACUGGACACCAACUGGAGAACGGCCAUCCCGGCGCGGACACGACUCGAAAUAACACUUAGGUUUCUUGCAAGUGGUGACACUCAGCGCUCGUUGUCAUUUUCAUAUAUGAUUGGAAGAUCGACUGUUUCUAAUAUUAUUUCAGAAACCACGCAAGUGAUUUGGGAAACCCUGAAAAAAAGAUACGUUAAGUGCCCAACGAAACCCGAGGAGUGGCGCGAUAUUGCUAGAGGUUUUGAGCAGCGGUGGAAUUUUCCUAACUGCGUCGCUAAGUGGUGCAAGAAAUUUUUUUUUACUAAAGCACAAAUGAGAAUUUCGAUACAAACACUGCUGUAGGGCUCUAUGGAGCACUGUAUCAGUGCAAGUUGCAGGCUAGAAAUGUAUUAUGUGACUGCCUAUUUACACUUAUUUCGCAUUUAAAACGUUUUGUAACUACCUAAGCACAGGGAAACACAUCAAUAAGUGUACUGAGCGAUAUGAAAGUACAGUAUCUAAAGCGUAGAUGCUUAUCGUAUAAAGGAAUA